CGCAAAAGGAUUUUUAAAUCCUCCAUACCGACUCUGUAACGCGCUGUGGUUUGACAUUUCUUCGACAUUUAAGCUAAAUUAAACUCACAAUAACUCGGCGAUACGGAGGACAACAUUGUUUUUGGACGAUAUUCUAGGAACUGAGGAUGGCAAAAGGGAAGAGAAAAGGAGUAAAAACGGACAAAAAAACAGGUGAGACUGCUGAACAAACAACUUCCUCACAAGCGGAGACAAAAGAAAACAAGCCACAAAUUAACAAGAAAUGUGUUGGUAAAGCACAAUCAGUUCUCCAGAGUCUGCGCAGUCCAGAUAAACCCAGGUCCCCACUGAGCGACAGCUCCAGCAUGCUUAUCCUGGAGAGGAAUGAUUCUGAUGCCACUGAUCCUGGUCUGCCAAAGCUGAAGCAAGACACAACCGAUAAAGCAAAAUCUAAGAGCUGUAGCUCCAAAGAGCAGAAGCCGGACGGGCCGUGUCAAAGUGAGACGAAAAAGCAAAUCUCUGGCAAACUAGAGCAAAAAGAGCCCAGCGCAGAUGGAAGCCACGCAGUUCCAUCAGCCACACCUCGGAGCAAAGCCCACCGCCGCAAGCUUGGAGCAAAAAAGGUGGAGAACAAAACUCUUCAAAACAGAAAAGUCACAGAUUAUUUUCCCAUCAGGAGAAGUAACAGGAAAACUAAAACGGAGAUAAAGAGUGAAGAACACAGACACAUUGAUGACCUGUUAAAGAACGGCGUCGAAGAAGGACUGGAGGUCAAACACAUAGAAGGAAAAGGAAGAGGAGUCUUUGCUCUGAAGAGUUUCAAAAAGGGAGAUUUUGUUGUGGAGUACCAUGGCAACCUGCUGGACCUGGCUGAGGCCAAAAAGAAAGAGGCCCAGUAUUCUGAGGACCCUAAAACAGGCUGUUACAUGUAUUACUUCCAGUAUCAAGCUAAAACAUACUGCAUAGAUGCUACCAAAGAAACAGACCGUCUUGGACGGCUGUUGAACCACAGUAAAAGUGGGAACUGCCAGACGAGGCUCCACCCCAUCGAUGGGACACCUCAUCUGAUCUUUGUGGCCUCCAGGGACAUCAAGGCAGAGGAGGAGCUGCUCUACGACUACGGGGAUCGGAGCAAAGAGUCCAUCUCUGCACACCCCUGGCUUAAAUACUGAAAAUUUUAUUAUGCUGAACACCAGUUGUUCUCAGUCUUUAUAAAAGUGAGCUGUACAUAAAAUGACACUCUGAAAACA